AUGGCACUGAGGGAGCAGAGAAGCGGGCAGAAUGAGAACGAUGUGAUGAAGCAAGCGUUGGAUAUCUUCUACAGUGACCAGAACAUGAAGUUCAACUUGGAACAUGCCUGGCGGGAGCUUAGGCACGAUGUUAAAUGGUGCGCAACGUAUCUGGAGAAGGACAAGGAUAAGCGAAAACCAGGGGAUUCUCCAGUUCCAGAGCCAGAAGAGAGACCUAUAGGGGUUAAAGCUGCUAAGGCUGCGGGGAAGAGGCUUAAAACGGGAAAAGAAGAAGAAUUGGCGAAGCUACAAGGACUGUUGGAGACGAAAAAACUAAUCUCCAAGCAAAGUAAAGCUGAAGACCAUGUACCAGAUGAAGACAAAGGAUGCUGUCUCUUCCUUGUUCAUUCACGGAUGGCAGAUGAAGUCGAUCGAAGAUUAAAUGCGGCUUUGGAUGAGGCUAUCGAUGAAUAUUUUGAAGAUAGCUACAACAACAUUUUGGAGAACCAAACAAAGAAACAGAAGAAACGUGCAUACGUCGAAAGAAACCGCGAGGAUGGCCAUAACCGUCUAUGGAAAGACUACUUUUGUGAUGAUCCGACGUUUCCGGCUCAUUUAUUCAGACGGCGUUUUCGCAUGAACAAGGAACUGACGCUGUUGACGAAUAUCUCCGACUUGGUGAAAGCACACAGCACUUUCGUGUUUAAGCAUUUCACUGAAGGCGUAAUAGAUUGGUUUGGACCUGAGUAUCUACGAAGACCCACCCCAGACGAUCUUCAACGACUACUCGAUAUUGGAGAGAUACGCGGUUUUCCAGGGAUGAUAGGAAGCAUCGACUGUCGAGCUCCAAGUGUACAGUACGUGGUCAACGGACACCAGUAUGAUUUGGCGUACUACCUCACCGACGGCAUAUAUCCGAAAUGGUCAACAUUUAUCCAAUCUAUCUCACUCCCUCAAGGUCUAACUAGCCGAGUUAUUUGCUAA